AUUGGUUAAUUAAUUUCACAGUAUAUGUUCGCUCAGUGCUGAGGUUCUGGCGGUUAGCUGAAGUUUCCCAGAGCAAACGCCCGAUACAAUCUGAAGAAUCGGGAUGCCUUUGAGGAGCAUUUUCUCGUGUGUUGCGUUGACCGUCAUCCUGCGGUCCUCCAUUCUGUGUGAUGGACGUUCUGAUGAAGCGAAUAAGGCGGCGGUGGAAAGAGCUGCAGUUCAAGGAAGUGUUCACCUCAGCCGAGUGGGCUCUGGUUUGAAACGAGAAUCUGCAGCCUCAACACGACCUGGUUCACUUAGCUUUACAGAUGACCCAAAAGGAGACUUGAAUUCCACCAAAGCAUUGCACUCUGCAAAGCUGAAGCUCCUGGCCCCAUCAGUGCUUUGUGGCCGCGACCAGAUGACCCUUUCAGUCAAACGGAGAGGAACCCAUUUUCUCAUCGACAGCGGCGAGAGGCCUCUUACUCCUCUAUCCCAGAUGCCCUCUACGUGUGGCUUCUUUGUGACCAGGUCCCGCAGAGAUGUGCAGUAUGCUGCAUCCUAUAAGGCCUGUCAUGUUAACAAAGAGGAGGAUGAAUACUCCCUACCGCUGCGGUUGUGGGGGACACCGAUGACCAUGUCCUGUCCUGAAAUGUUGCCAAUGCCCACCAUUUUCUGCUUCCCAAACAAGAUGGUGGUGAAAAUCCACGGUGUUGCACCCCAGGAGCUUGACAUAAAGGCGUUUGGCACAUGGCAGCCUUUAUCAUCGGCAUGUAGCGGCUGCGAACUGAGUGUCAACGAGUCCUCUACUGAGCUGACGCUGACCGCACCUUACAACAAGGAUCUGUGUGUGGAGAUCAAGGAUGAAGAGUAUUUACUGUCUCUUCGCUGGGGAGAUUUUGAGCUGUUGGCAUCAUGUCCUCCAGUACCAAGUGCUGACCCAACAGGAACAGCUGCACCCGAUGAAGCCCCACGUUUUCAGUACCCCCAGCUGCCAAUAUUUUCUCAGUUCCUAGAGCCCCAGUCGACACAAACUCCCGGGCUUGUGGCUCCAUUGCCGUUUUCCUUCGUUGCUGCGGACUUCUCUGAAAACCAAAAGACGCCUGGAAAUCCGAGCCCUGCUUUACUGCCCAGGUUCUUUUUGUUUCCCAGACCUGAAUCACCCGCACAUCCUUCUGGAGAUGACGACGCGCACGCAAAUCGGCACAAGUUGUCUCAGACGCCACUGUCUCCUCGGUAUCAAAUUCCAUUUUUCCAAGAACUCCCCGUGAUGCCUGGAAGUUUUCUGCCAACAACUACCUUGCCACUUCCUGCAACAACCACAGAGACUCUGGUGACCACACCCAUUCCACCAGGGACUGAGAAGCCCCAGCUUUCCCUGCAGCAAGAGUUUUCAGCGAUGCUUCAGAAUCCCUUCCAAUCGUUCCCUAAAUACCCACCAUCUCUGCAGGAUCCAACAGUGCAUGAUGCAGAAUCCAAACCGCAGUACCUCCCCCCUCACGCCUUCCAGUUUCCCAUGCUGCAUCCUCCUUUUAAUCACCUUUCUCAGUUACAAAAUGCUCCAGUAGCCACCACUGAGGUACAUCCCCCUGAAAAGCCUUUUUACCAGCCACACCCUUAUAUACCGGUUUAUUUUUUUCCCAAACCGGCUCACACACCUGUAUUUCUUCAUCCUCCAUCCAUGAUCCCUUCAAACCCAGUUCCGUCGGAUCAGUAUGAACGUCAGCCCUUCUACUUUGCCAUACAGCCUUUUUAUCCAUUCCCUCUUGAUCAAAGUCAAGCUACACUAACAAAUACCUGACCCUGAUCGUGGUUCUGCUGACUGAGCAUCAGACCAUCAUGGACAAGAUUACUGUCCCUCGCAGAUUUUGUUCACAGAUAACUGAUCUGGUGAAUUAGAAAAGGUUUAAAGUAGAUUAAACUAAUGCAGUUUGUCUUACGGAAAGGCUGUUAACGAGGGGGCGUAAAGAAGAAAUGUAAUCUUCAUCUGGGGUAAAAUAAAGGUUGAAUGUGAAUCUACUACUGUG